AUGGCGGCGGCGGGCCGGCUGCCGAGCUCCUGGGUGCUGCUGGCGCCGCUGCUGGGGGGGCUCGCGCUGCUGGGAGUCGGGCCGGUCCCGGCGCGGGCGCUGCACAACGUCACGGCCGAGCUCUUUGGGGCCGAGGCCUGGGGCACCCUGGCGGCCUUCGGGGACCUCAACUCCGACAAGCAGACGGACCUCUUCGUGCUGCGGGAAAGAAAUGACUUAAUCGUCUUUUUGGCAGACCAGAACGUGCCCUAUUUUAAACCCAAAGUAAAGGUGUCUUUGAAGAAUCACAGUUCAUUGAUAACAAGUGUGGUCCCAGGAGAUUAUGAUGGAGAUUCACAAAUGGAUGUACUUCUCACAUAUUUUCCCAAAAAUCAUGCCAGCAGUGAAUUGGGAGCUGUUAUCUUCUGGGGACAGAAUCAAACAUUAGAUCCUAACAACAUGACCAUACUCAAUAGAACUUUUCAUGAUGAACCACUAAUUAUGGACUUCAAUGGUGAUUUAAUUCCUGAUGUCUUUGGCAUCACAAAUGAAUCCAGCCAGCCACAGAUACUAUUAGGAGGGAAUCUGUCAUGGCAUCCUGCAUUGAACACUGAAAGUAAAAUGCGAAAUCCUCACUCUCAUGCAUUCAUUGAUCUGACUGAAGAUUUUACAGCUGAUUUAUUCCUCACGACUUCGUCCACUUCUAACACCUUCCAGUUUGAGAUAUGGGAAAAUUUGGAUGGAAAUUUUUCUGUCAGUACUACGUUUGGAAAACCUCAAAAUAUGAUGAUAGUUGGACAGUCAGCAUUUGCAGACUUUGAUGGAGAUGGACACAUGGAUCAUUUACUGCCAGGCUGUGAAGAUAAAAACUGCCAAAAAAGCAUCAUCUAUUUGCUUAAAUCUGGAACAAAAGAGUGGGUUCCAGUCCUACAGGAUUUCAGCAAUAAGGGCACACUUUGGGGCUUUGUACCAUUUGUGCACGAACAGCGACCUACUGAAAUACCAAUUCCAAUCACCCUUCAUAUUGGAGACUACAAUAUGGAUGGCUAUCCUGACGCUCUUGCCAUCCUGAAGAAUACGUCUGGAAGCAAUCAGCAGGCCUUCUUGCUGGAAAAUGCCCCUUGUAACAAUGCAAGCUGUGAGGGGGCACAUCGUAUGUUUAAAGUCUACUGGGAACUAACAGACCUAAAUCAAAUCAGAGAUGCUGUGGUUGCCACUUUCUUUGACAUUUACGAAGAUGGAAUCUUGGACAUUGUAGUACUAAGUAAAGGAUAUACACAGAAUGAUUUUGCCAUCCAUACACUAAAAAACAACUUUGAAGCAGAUGCUUAUUUUGUUAAAGUCAUUGUUCUUAGUGGUCUCUGUUCUAAUGACUGUCCUCGUAAGAUAACACCUUUUGGAGUAAAUCAGCCUGGACCUUACAUCAUGUAUACAACUGUAGAUGCAAAUGGGUAUCUGAAAAAUGGUUCAGCUGGACAACUCAGCCAAUCAGCACAUUUAGCUCUUCAACUGCCAUACAAUGUACUUGGGUUAGGUCGAAGUGCAAAUUUUUGACAUCUUUAUGUUGGUAUUCCCCGUCCAUCCGGAGAGAAGACUGUACGAAAACAAGAGUGGACUGCAAUCAUUCCAAUCCAACUAAUUGUCAUUCCAUAUCCUCACAAUGUUCCUCGAAGCUGGAGUGCCAAACUGUACCUUACACCAAGUAACAUUGUUCUACUCACUGCUAUAGCACUCAUCGGUGUCUGUGUCUUCAUCUUGGCAAUAGGUUUCAAAUCCACCAAUUUUCAAUUCUUUUUCAUAAAGGGGCAGAUGCUGUUAAUGCAUGGACUUCACGCUCCUGAAGUGCAGCUGUCCAUCUGCCAGGCCUAG